AUGUUUGCAGACGAUACAAAUGUAAGCUUUGCAUCUGAUUCUCUGGAAGAGCUCCAAAGUGUCAUUAACUGUGAAUUAGAACGUCUUAAAAGCUGGCUUAUUACAAAUAAGCUCAGUUUAAAUAUUGCAAAAACAGAGUUUAUGACCAUUGGAUCUCGACAUCUAAUCAAUGCUACUCAAGGUAGUAUAACCAUUAAGCUUGAUGGUAGUGAAAUCAACAAAGUCGAUACUGUUAAAUCCUUAGGAGUACAUAUCGACAAACACCUUUCUUGGUCAACCCAUAUAGAGAAAAUAACUAAGAAAAUUGCUUCAGCCAUUGGCGCAUUAAAACGUAUUAGACCAUUUGUAAGUACGAGAACAGCUGUUCAG